UUUUUGCUCAAGCUCAAGACCAGAACAACAACCUCAAGUCACAUCUAUCUUCAUUCUUGUGCAAUUAUCUGACUCUCCUGUCUAGCUCAAUACCAUGCCUUGAUCAUGCCUUGAUCACCACUGCCCCCAACCAGGCACGCCUUUCACUCCCUUCACUCCCUUCACUCCCUUGCAGUCAUCCUAACCAUGUUCGACACCAUCUGCACCCUCCCCUUACCCUCCGAUCUCUUCUGCCAAGUCCUUCAUCCAUCCGAGCCAUUGUUUCUCUCUGGAUUGGCCUCUGGACACGUGCAUGCCUAUAGACUUCCAACCGACUCGGACGUGGAGGACGAACAGCCGUCAGCUACCCAAACCACAAACAAUAUCAAUGGCACUGGAUCUGUACCCGUAUUGUCAUCAUUACGAAGAUCUUCAAGUGCGAGUGCGUCGGAGAGUGGGCUCGGUUCAAUAGAUACAUUAUGGAAAACCAAAAGACACAAAGGUUCAUGUCGAUGCCUGACGCUGAGUCAUGAUGGACAGAUAGGCUACUCGGCCGGUACGGAUGGUCUGGUCAAGGCCUUUAUGACCGAGACUGGAAAAGUUGUCAGUAAGAUGGCAUUCCUAGACCACAGUGGCCAAGAAGACAAUGGCCCAACCGUUCUCCAUGCUCUGUCGCCCCAGACCCUCUUACUCGGCACCGACCUGGGCUCUCUCUCCCUGCACGAUCUCAGACUGCAAAGCAAAGACAUUUCCCCGCAAGCCAGCCAGAAAUGGAGACCUCAUGGCGCCGAACAUGUUAAUGCUUUGGUGCCGUUACCAGCCAGUGAGACGAGCACCAGUGGAUUCCCGAAACAGUGGGUCAGCGUUGGGGGGACGACGUUGGCCGUGACCGACUUGCGGAAGGGAACGAUAGCCACGAGUGAGGAUCAAGAAGUUGAAUUGACAAGCAUUGCGCUUGUUCAAGACCUCAGGAAGGGUGGCACGAGUGUGGGUGAAAAGAUUCUGGUUGGUCAAGGUGACGGCGUGAUCAGUCUGUGGGAGAGAGGCGUCUGGGGCGACCUGGACGAGAGAAUCGUGGUGGACAAGGACGGCCUCGGGAUCGACAGUCUCGUCGAGGUCCCGUUUGGUGCUGGGGCAGGUAAGUUGAAGAUGAACGAGAAACUGGUAGCCUCAGGACUGGAGGAUGGGAGAGUUCGGUUCAUUCGCAUCGGGCGCAACGGGGUCAUGAACGAUCUUGACUCGAAGCACGAUGAGAUUGAUGGGGUGGUUGCGUUGGGAUUUGACGUCCAAGGUCGUAUGGUCACUGGCGGGGGCUCAAUUGUCAAAGUGUGGACCGAAGCAAAGGGACGCCCUGGUGGUGGCUGGAGUGGAACGACCAAGAAACAUGACUUAUCGUCGGAGGACGAAGACGGGGAUGGUUCUGAUCAAUUUUCCAGUAGCGACAGCGAACAGCCCACGUCGAAGCGGAAAAAGCGCAAGCGAAACAAAGGCAAGGACCGGUCGGGCGGCAAAGCGUUGGAGUUUACUCUGUAACGAACGAGUCUGGAAAAGAGGUAAAUUGGAAUGUGUUUCUAGGUGAUACCCCGAGCUAUUGAUGUGGCUGACGUACAUAUUGUAAAAGUACCUAAAUAUCAUUAUUCCGCCAGUCGUGGUGAUUAAUAGUCAGUGCAGAGGGACAAAAUUUGGAACGUGG